AUGAAAAUCUCUAUCCGGCCCCUUGCUGCUGCCGGUCUCGUCCCGCAACCGCGUCCCAUCCCGCAACUGCGGCCCGUCCUCGCCCAGCAGCUUCGAAGCUAUGCGACCCAACCUGGCGUAGGAUCCAAUUCGACUGCUUCCAAGAGGAAGGCAGUCACGCCUUUCAACGAUGACGGCUAUGUUCCUUGGAGGGACCUGUCGGCACCCGAGAAGGCGUCGCGCGCCACCCAGCAAUCCUUCAACUUCGGCAUGGUCAUACUGGGUGCCGUGAUGACGGCCGGCGUGGGAUACUUCCUCUACACCGAUGUCUUCUCCCCGGACAGCAAGACCGCCUACUUCAACCGAGCCGUCGACCGAAUCAAGAAGGACCCCGAUUGUGUGGCACUUUUGGGGGAUAGUAAAAAGAUCAUAGCCCAUGGUGAGGAGACGGCGAACAAAUGGCGGCGUGCAAGACCAAUUGCAUCUACACACAAGACCGAUGGUCAAGGCAACGAGCAUCUGAUGAUGCAUUUCUACCUUGAGGGACCAUUGAGUAAUGGCUUGGUCAAUGUGCAUCUGGUCAAACGAGCGGGCCACCACGAUUUCGAGUACAAGUACUUCUUCGUGGACGUGAAAGGCCACCCGAGAAUAUACCUGGAGAACGCUGACGCCCAAAGCUCGAGCGGAGAUUCAAAUAAGUUUAAAUUAUUCGGCGUUAGCUGGAGUUGA